AUGAGCCGAUUGAUAUGGCCUUAUUACACUUGUACUUUUUUUAGGAAACAGCCUCAAUACGGCCUAAAGUUAUGGUAUCGAUAUUUCAUACCUGAUUCAUAUGCUUCGGUUGAUAUUUGGAACGCUCGGCUGUCUAAUGAUAUUUUCCGAGAUAUUUCAGUUCGUGAUCAUGGUUUAAAAAUACUGCAAAAGAUUAAUUCUGGAAAAGUCGUGUCACCACUGGACUAUGACAUAUUCGCAAAUAAACUAAAUGAACUAGAUGUAACGUCCUUAGAUUUUGUCGAAGAAGUCAUCAUGAGCUAUAUGAAUACUCAAGCUGCGGUCGACGUAAGGGAUUCAACAUCUCAUGCGUUUAUUCGAGGUUAUUUGAAUUUCCGAGAAGCUGACAGACUACUAAAAUUAAUCGAAUGUAGAUCAAAAACAGGAAUCUUUGUAGAUUUUGCCUCUGCAAUUCUCAUGAUGGACGUGUUUUUACGAAAACGUGAAUGGAAUUCUGCCAUUGCAGUUUCAUGGGAACUCUGCCUUCAGGAAUAUUUCAGCUUAGAGAAUGUUAGACCCCUUGUUCUUGCUACUUCACUUUUUUCAUGCAUGAAGUCAAUAGAACAUGAUUCGUACGUAGUCAAAGAAUCUGAACCGGCGGAUGACAAAGAGAUUGAACAAAAAUUGGUUCCUUAUGUUAGAAACCCAAACUAUGAUAACUUUUUCGAUAUAAAGCACCCUAAGUUGAAGACUGGUUAUACGCUUUUGCAUUUGUCUCAUGUACUAAACAGUCGAUGCUCACUUUUUCAAACUACUCCAGUAUGGAAUAGCCUAUCUAAAUAUGUGGAUAGUUUUCGUUUAAUGAUGAGAAUUUUCGGACUUGCUCUUUCUGAACAGUGCAACAAAUUAUUAGUUGAACUGAGAAAAAUUGAUGAGUCAGCAAUACAGUUAGGAGGAUUCGACCCUAUUGUGACGGAAAAGUUAAUAAGGAUUGUUGAUAAUUGUGAAACCCGAUCCGAUGACUCGUCUCUAAAGCCAGGAGAACCGCAGCUCCCAAGCGUAUCAGAUGUAAAAUCAGUGCAGAAUGAACUUGUGCGUGUUCAGUGUGGAUCACAAUGCACCACACCAAACUUUUUUAAAGUGGCCGAAGAGUUUAUCUUCAAUGGAGUAAUUAAUAACUCAGACUGCAUGAAGCAGGAAUUAGAGGCAGUUUCUGACUUGUAUAGUAAAUUUGAUGAAGAACGAAGAAAAGAAUACACUGAGGCUGUCAAAAUGCAAAAAUUUGAAGAAGUUAUUGAAAAAACCAAAGAAAAGUUAAAAGAAAUCCUAGAUAAAGAGGAACAAAUAACAUACUUCCAGAAUAGUACGAAAAUAAUAAAGGAUGCGUGGUUAGCACCCCGAACACGUCAAGAAGCUCGUUGGUCAAGACUAAAGGAGUGGAGAAGUGAGAUUUCUUCUCAAAGACAAAAGCAGAAUAGUUCACCUGUUCAAUGA